AUGGCUCAUACCCAGAUCAUCUUGGUAAUGCUUAGCUCCAGCUCUUUUGCAUAUGAAUCUUCUCCAGGUGUGGUUCAAGAUGAGGCUGAUCAGGGAAAAUGCAAAGGUGAUCAGAAUGACUUGUUCCAAGCUGCAGAAAAUACAGAAGAAAUUUGUCAGAGUAACACGUUGAAGGUAAUAGGUACUGGAGUUGGUUUUUGCUGUGUAAGCUUUUUGGAAAAGCUUGAACCUAGUGUUAAGCUGUAA